AUGGGUAGAAUGGCUGAUGCAGAAUCUAUUAUAAGUGUAACUAGUUCCGGCUCUUAUGGCAUGGGCGGCUCUAGUAAGUCCGACACCAGCACUGGUAAAACUUUAAUGGUUGCCACUGCUGAAGAUAAUUUAAAUUCUCCAGAUAAAGCUAAAAAUGCCAACACGAGUGGCUAUCUACCGGAGCUACCUUCAGAUCGUUUUUCACAAACAAAUUGGAAUGAUUUAAGACGAGCAGUUGUAACAGGAGAUAGACUUCGAGCACCACGUGUUAGAAGAGCUCCAGAUCCUCGUGAUCGUCAGCGUAAACCAACACCAAUGGAAGCAUUAGAACCUAUUACCACUAUUAAAACUCCAUCUAGGAAAAAUCCUAAAAUAAAACGUUACGAUUAUCGAAAUAGUUUAGAAAAUUGGGAAAAUGUCACACAUGUCAACUUAUCAUUUCAAGAUUUAGGCCAUGGCUAUCAACGCGAAAAUUUCACGCGGAUAUUACAUCGAUUAUUAAGAACUCAACACUUACAACUUAUGGAUAACUCAUUAGAUGAUUUAAGCAAAGUAUCAUUACCAGGGUGUACUCAUUUAUGGGUUCAAAGGAAUUUCUUAGAUAGCUUUAAAAAAUUACCCAAAAUUCCCAAUAUUAAAUUUCUUCAAUUAUCAGAAAAUGGUAUUGAAUCGUUAAGUGGAUUACGUAAAGUAAUAGGUAAAUCAUCAAUAGAAUAUUUGGUAUUAAAAGGAAAUCCGGUGGAAUUACAAGAAAAUUAUCGAAUUGAGGUAUUUCAAGCUAUACCAAGCCUAAAAAUCUUAGAUGGUAUACCUAAAUUACCUAGCGAUGAACCUCUUGAUCCAAAUGCAACCAAUAAUGGUCAAUCAACUGCUUGUAUUAUAUCAUAG